CGUUUCUCUCUUUUGCAUGCCAAGCAUCAUCUUCUUCUUCUUUCUUCAUCACUUUCUGUUUUGAAUAAAGCUCUCUCUCAGUCUUAAAUUCUCUCUUCUAUUUUAUUCUCAUUCAUCACCCUUUUCUUUGUCUUCUUCAACUUCUCUCAAGCCAGCUAGUUUUAUUGUUUUUUCUCAUAUAAAAAAAAUUCCUAGAGAGCUAGCUAGGUUCGAAGAGGGACUAUUGAAGCAAAAAUGUUGAGUGAUUUUCUUCCAUUUUUGUUCAUGGUUUCGGUUCAAUUCGGGUAUGCGGGCAUGGACAUUACCGCAAAAUUGGCCUUGGAAGCCGGCAUGAAGCCUCUUGUUCUUGUCACUUACAGGCAAAUUUUUGCUACCUUCGUUAUGCUCCCCGUUGCCUAUUUCUUGGAGUGGAAAACCAGGCCAAAGAUCACCAAGUUCAUUGUUUUCCAGAUUCUCUUAUGCUCUCUUACUGGCGCCACCGGCAACCAGGUGCUUUACUUCGUCGGACUAGCCUACUCCACCCCGACAAUCGGCUGUGCAUUGACAAAUAUCCUACCAGCAGUCACCUUCGUCCUCGCCGUCGUUUUCAGGCAAGAAUUUGUUGGCAUCAAGACGAGAGCUGGGCAAGCAAAGGUCUUAGGAACAGUGCUGUGCGUCGGUGGAGCCAUGUUACUGUCAUUCUACAAUGGGGAAAUGAUUCCUAUUCCUAAUUCAGGCAUUCACUGGGGCUACGCUAAUCGGAUGAGCACGCAAAACGCCAGCACCAAUUCAAACUUGGUUCUGGGUUCGAUUUUGCUGAUGGCCAGUACCGUUUCUUGGGCUGCAUGGAUCGUGAUUCAAACGCAGAUGAGCAAGAAGUUUCCGGCUCCGUACAUCAGCACAACGUUGAUGUGUUUCCUGGGCAGCAUCGAGUGCGGGUUGACUGGCCUAAUCUCUGAACACAAGCUUUCUGCAUGGUCUUUGAGCUCUCCCAUCAGGCUUAUAUCAGCUAUCUACGCGGGAUUUGUGUGUUCUGCACUUGCCUUUAGCCUCACAUCCUGGAGCAUUCAAAAGAAAGGCCCUCUCUAUGUCUCCGUCUUCAACCCACUGCCCCUCAUUAUCGUCGCCAUUCUCAGCUGGGCCCUGCUUGGCGAGAAACUAUUUCUGGGAACAGCGAUUGGUUCAGUUUUGAUUGUCAUUGGGCUGUAUGCUGUGCUGUGGGGAAAGGACAAGGAGAUCAAGCUGGACAAACCCAUCAAAGGAGCAGAAGCAAAGACGAAAAAAGUGAAUAGCGUCGACGUGGAAAUGCAGCCGGAUGCUUGGGGAAAUGCUGCCAAUCGUGGCACUUAAUUCAGGUUGAUGAAAAUGGAAGAAAAUAUGAAGAGUCUGAUGAUAAAUAAUUACCAUGAUCCAUGCGUCAGCUGGUCUGGUUUUUCAGGAUUUCGUGUUGACUCUGCUUUUAAUCAACAAGAAUAAACUUGUGUUUCCUUUUGAACUA